GAUGUGAAAGAACGAAGAUUAGGAAAGGGCCCAUGAUCUCCGCCGAGGACGACGCUGGGUGCCUCAGGUCUUGCAAGAAGGGAAAGAUGCACUGCUUGUGCGAGAAAGCAGUCGGGUUGGCUAUCUGAGCGUUUUCGUUUCCGGCGCAGCAUACACAUUGCAUGAGAUUGGGACACAUAGAAGACGGUGGGAUAGGUUGGAGACUAUCAAGUGCUGAGCUGUCUCCAUGGCGUUCGAGUGGUUGGCUUUAUUUAUUUUCUCUCUUUCUGUAUGCUACUCUGUCUUGAUUGCGGGUUCUUAUUGUUGUAUUUUGCCUCUUGUAUAUGUAUUGGAUCUGUUGUACUGUCCUCGAGGCGCAGGGUUGUCCAGAUGGCUUUUCCUCUUCGUCUUCAGGGGCCUGAAUGCCCAGGUUCUUUUAAGAGGUGAAUGCACGUACAGCAUAUUAAUAGAACAAGAGACAAACAUGCUGUCUCCAUCCGCACGAUCCGGUUACCUUCACCAGCCUGCGCAUAAUUCUCUCGCUGCUCACUCUUCCGAAUGCACCGCAUAACACGCCAGCAAACACCCACUCAGCCAAACCGCCCUCAACUCCAUGCUUUUCUGGC